GACCGAAAGAUCAACAAAAAAACCCAAAUUCAAAGUAGAGACUAUGACAAAGUGGUUUUGUAUUCAAGAAAGAGAGAGCUCAAAACUGGUGAAAGUAUGAAAAUAUGUGAAAUUUGUAGUACUUUAGCAAGCACUGUACAAUACAACUUAACUGAAGAAAGUACAGAUGAAGAGUCUCAGGAAGAGGCACCUAAGUGA